CCCGGGUACGGUAUCAGUUUCCCGCCGAGUGUCAUCACGCGCACGUUAGUGAGAAGCAGGAGUGACGUUACUACAGCCAUGCUGCAGUCCAAGUUUGUUCUGUAUAUCAAAUUUAACGGCUGCCUUAUAGUGCUGCUGGUGGGGUUCUUUGUAGUCGUAAGCGCACACCGAUGGCUCAUGCAAAUGCAGAACUGGAGCGCGUAUCCUUUCGUUGCGGGGCUUGAACUGCGCAAUCAUCCCGUCGUCGAUGGAGUGUUUCAGAUUGUGUGGAUUACGGCGGUAGCUUCGCUCUAUCAGGCACUCUGGUUGGAAGUGGAACUGUUGCUGUACCCGAUCGGGUUCAUGCUCGGGCUGGAAGUGCUGCUAGUUGCCGCCGGGGACGUGAUCAAGCGCUGGAACGAUGAGGCGGAGGAAUGUUUCCUGCGCAGGGGUCAAGAUGGGGUCGUGUGGAUCGCACUAUUAGCGUACUUUUACUACACGCUGUACAUCUUGAAGCAGCUGUUUCGAACGAAGAAUCGCAAAUCAUCUGUCCCACCUGGAGCUACCGGUUACCCAUUAGUCAGCGUACAGUAAGAUGGAAAGAAACAGCGCGAGGGAGUUCCUUUACUGUACAGCGUAGUCGACACCUAGCCGUAUCUAGUCGUAAUGGCAAAUUCGUGUAAGUUGCGAACGAUCUUUAUCGCAGAUAUUCUUGUGCAGGGUGCACCUUUCGGGCGAGACCUUGAGCUGGAGAGUGGUUUCAGUUUACACAGGGAAGUCACCAUAGUAGUGAUCGUUCACCUUCCAGAAUGGACCCCAAAUUCGUGUAUUUUAUCAAGUUAAACAGCUACAUUGUAGUGAUCAUGAUAGUGAUACACGUACGGGACGUUGUGCAGAGGCAGAGUGGCCACCAAUACCCUUUAGCCGAAUGUAAGAUCUUUCCGGAUAUACGCCUAACAACACGCAACUGACCCGACGUUUUCUGUUCAGGGCUCGAAGUGCGUAAUCAUCCGCUCGUAGAGGAUGUGUUUAACAGAUAUUGGAAGUUUGCCGAAUUUACUCAUCUGUUGGGGGUCCUGUUGGUACGUAGGUAGUGUACGAAUUUCAGAACCAUUGCGCUGAGUUCUGUGUCGUAUACAUUUCUCAUGCUUUGGAUUACGAUCGACAGGAAAUUGACCAUUUUCUUAUCCCGAUCGGGUUUAUAUUUGGCCUGGAAGUGCUCACUGUUGCUGCUGGAGACGUGAUCUGGAACGAUAUAGGGGAGAAUUAUAAAUUCCUCCUAGCUCUAAUCAUUUGGUUCGGUAAGGCCCAUAGACACACGUUAUCUGAUGUUUGCUGCGUGCGAUCUUAACGCGGUAUUUGUUCCAUGUUCCUUCCAACUGUCACUAUGUAAAAGUGUACUUCUACUACAUAAUGUACAUCCUAAGGAAGUUGUUCCGAGCAAGGAAUUGCAACGUUUCCGGGUCAGAAUCACCUGCAAACGCCAUCAGACGCAUUAUGAAGGAGUUAACUCAAAACUCGAAAGAUCGUACCGCUUCCCGGGAUCCGGAAUCAGAUGCUGGCAACCCAUUGGUCAAGGUGUAAGUGCUGUCUUUCCUGUUGUGUACAAAAAAUACUUAAGGUUUUGAGCUUGAAAUGGUAGCUCUCGAGCGAGCGGCUUGCGUGAGUCACUGAGAGGGAAGGUCACAUAUCGCUCCCCAAACCAAUGUUUGUUUGAUGUACGUACGACAUUUCGUAGUUAUCGCAUAAAAGCAUCAAACAUUGAAAACGCACCAAAACUGACGCCGGCGCACUACCCAUUGAUGAGACAUUGACGAUUUGAAAGAACUGUUGUUGUGAUUGUGGCGUUGGUCGUUACCUUUAUCUUGCAGUUGACUAUUUGAAGCACACAGAGCAGUUGUUGCCCGUCAUGUGUACAGACGCGUGUGAUUGACUUGAGUGUGUCAAGGCAUGUCAAAUUCAAGUCACAGCUCCCGAAUAGUCUUAGGUAAGGGUCCGUUGAAGUUAUGUUUCGCCAAACAGCUGGCAUUUGGUUCCUACUUAAGUGUGUAGAGAGGACUGAAUUUAUCGAAUAAAAGACGUCAUAUUGUUUUCUAA